AUGAGCGAUAAUGACACAACACAAGAUAUAGCUUCGGCUACCUCUCCCAUACGUCGAUCGAUAUCUUCCUCAGCUUCGCGCCAGAGCAUUGAUAGCGUUGCCUCGCAACAACAUAACGGCAACAUGGCCUCAAAUACGAAUAUGGUCUCGGUAGCUGUCGAUCCUGUGGCCCUUAUUACUACAGAAUGUAUCACAGUUACGUCUGCUAUGCGGAAACAUGCUCGAUGGGCGCAUUCAUCGGUGUCUUCUAUAUUGGGUGGUGGUUCGAGUCCGUUAAGCUCGGGGUUUCAAAAUUCAAGGCCUUCUACACCGCGAGAUUAUAUAGGACAUCGCAGGGCCCCAAAGGGCUCAGCCGCCGCAGAAGGGAAUGAUGAUGCUGGUUUGGCAAACAGAUGGGGCUUGCGGGGAAAGAAAGGGAAGAGCAUGCAAGACAAUCCUUUGAUGGCUGGAUUUGGACGCCUCAGACGGGAAUUGACUGGAUGUGAAGAUAUACACGCAUUCGAUACCCCAUCUUUACUUCAUCCUUUUCUCCAAGUCAUCGAAGCUCCAGCAACCACUGCGCCGAUCACAUCUUUAGCCCUGGUUGCUAUCACAAAGUUCUUUUCGUACAACUUAAUUAGUCCAAGCUCUCCUCGACUUUCGCAGGCAAUGCAGUCUUUGUCCGCUGCCAUGACACACUGCCGAUUCGAAGCUAGCGACACAGUGGCUGACGAGGUGGUAUUUCUACGGAUAUUGAAACUCAUGGAGGGAAUGCUGUCUGGCCCCGGUGGAGAUUUAUUAAGUGACGGGAGUGUUUGCGAAAUGAUGGAGACGGGCUUAAGCAUGUGCUGUCAACCGAAACUAUCGGAGUUGGUUCGUCGAUCUGCAGAAAUUUCUAUGGUUAAGAUGUGUCAAAUCAUUUUCGAGAGACUCAAGCAUUUAGAAAUAGAGGCUGGGGAUGAUCUUGAAGCUUUAGACGAGAAGACAAAGGAAGAUAUGCAUACUGUCAAAAUGGCCCCCUCAGCAGCUGGUACCGAUGCUAUCACAAAAUUGAUCGCACCUCCUACCGAAUCACGGCCAUCUUCUUUGAGCUUCGAUGCGUCACGGCCGGCAUCUGCCAUGGAAACGGUACCUCUCAUGGAAACUUCAUCUGAGGGUGGGACUGCGGCACCGGCAUCAGAGGCUUCUGAUGACUCCCCAAGCAAACCUUAUUCUCUUCCGUCCAUAUGUGAGCUAUUUCGGGCUCUGAUAGACUUACUAGAUCCUGAUGAUCGCAAACAUGCCGAUACUCUAAGGGUUAUGGCUCUUCGUAUAAUUAAUGUAGCUCUAGAGGUAGCGGGUCCUUCCAUUGCCAAGCAUCCAGCUUUAGCGAACCUUGCCGAGGACCGUUUAUGUCGAUAUAUCUUCCAAUUAGUCCGAUCGGACAAUAUGGCUAUAUUACAGGAAUCUCUCAUUGUUGCUGGCACUCUCCUCGCGACUUGCAGGGGAGUAUUAAAGUUGCAGCAAGAGCUCUUUCUCUCUUAUUUGGUUGCAUGCCUGCAUCCUCGUGUCGAAAUUCCUCGAGAAAAAGGGAUCGACCCUUCUCUUUAUGCUGGUGUGCCGCAAGCUCCAAAACUGGUGAAACCUCCACCGUCACAAGCUAACAGUGGUCGCAAUACACCCGUACCUGUGAAAGAUCGACGCACACUAGGGUUAGAAGGUGGGUCGCGUAAGCCGGAUGCACGUGAAGCAAUGGUGGAAAGUGUCGGGGCUCUUGCACGGAUACCGAGCUAUAUGGUCGAGCUAUACGUCAAUUAUGAUUGUGAGGUCGAUCGGAGUGAUAUAUGUGAGGAUAUGGUUGGACUUCUGUCUCGCAAUGCAAUCCCGGAUUCAGCGACUUGGAGUACAACCAGCGUCCCACCGCUUUGUCUUGAUGCGCUCUUAGGUUAUGUUCAGUUCAUCGCGGGUAGACUCAAUGAUGAGCCAAAACGUGAUGGAUACCCUGAUCAAGCGGCAUUACGUGAGCAAAAACGAAGGAAAAAAAUCAUCAUUCAGGGAACCAUAAAGUUCAAUGAGAAUCCAAAAGCUGGAAUUGCAUUCUUGGCAUCACAGGGUAUCAUAGAUGACCCCAAAGAUGCGAAGACUGUCGCAAACUUCUUAAAAGGAACAUCUCGAAUCGACAAAAAGCAAUUGGGUGAAUUUAUAUCCAAAAAAGGAAAUGAGCCCAUUUUAGAGGCUCUGAUGGAUUUGUUUGAUUUUGAGAACAAGAGAGUUGAUGAAGCAUUACGUGAACUCCUUGAAACUUUCAGAUUACCUGGAGAGUCCGGUUUGAUUGAACGAAUUGUCACGACUUUCGCAGAAAACUAUUGUUCAGGCACUUUACCUGAAGGUGUCGCCGACAAAGAUUCAGUAUAUGUUCUAACUUAUGCUAUCAUCAUGUUAAAUACAGAUCAGCAUAACCCGAACCUGAAGGGUAAACGCAUGGAAAUAGAAAAUUUUGCACGAAAUUUACGUGGAGUUAAUGGCGGGCAGGACUUUGCUCUACAAUACCUUCAGGACAUUUUCGAGUCUAUCAAAUCAAACGAAAUCAUUUUACCCGAUGAGCAUGACAAUAAGCAUGCUUUCGACUAUGCUUGGAAAGAGUUGUUGCUCAAAACCGCUCCUGCGGGCGAUCUCACCAUUUGCGACACUAACAUCUUUGACGCAGAUAUGUUCGCAGCUACAUGGAGACCUGUGGUUGCCACUCUAUCAUAUGUCUUCAUUUCGGCUAGUGAUGAUGCAGUAUUCGAGAGAAUUAUAACUGGUUUCGAUCAGUGUGUCCGUAUCGCAGCGAAAUAUGGUUUGACUGAAGUUAUUGAUCAAGUCGUGUAUUGUUUGAGUUACAUCACUACUCUUGCGACAGAAAUCCCAUCCAGCACUGCACUUAAUACCGAGAUACAGGUAGGAGAGAAUAGUGUCAUGGUUAGCGAACUUGCAGUGAAGUUUGGUAGAGAUGUCAAGGCUCAACUUGCCACUGUUGUUCUUUUCCGUGUUGUGUUAGGUAGUGAAAGUGUCAUAGGAGAAAGUUGGAAGCAUAUUUCCAGGAUUUGGUUGAAUUUAUUUGUUAAUUCUUUAAUACCCCCAUUCUUUGCUACGUCGAAUAGCAUAGAUGUUGCUCCAAUUCCACUACAAACCCCUUCCCAAGUCAUUGAUCGAGGGGCAAAACCUAGCGACACUGGUCUUUUCUCUGCUUUCACAUCAUACAUCUCUAGCUAUGCUGCAGAUGAUCCCCCAGAGCCAUCAGAUGAAGAACUUGAAAGUACUCUAUGCACAGUCGAUUGUGUGAAUGCUUGCUUCAUGGGUGACGUAUUUGCCAAUGUAGUAAACAUGCCUGUCGAUUCCCUACGACCUCUACUACAAGCAUUGAUAUCUCAAUUGCCUGAUGACCCUUCAUCGGUUGUCAUAAGUGUGAAAUCAGAAGUGGAACCCCCAUCAAGUCCUGCGAACGGUGUCAACGGUGCAUUUUCCGGCUCUCUGUAUGAUCCAUCAAUUGUUUACAUAUUAGAGCUAUGUACUGUCCUUGCAAUCCGAGAUAAUGAAACUAUCGACGCAUUUGGGGCAGAUGUUGCAGAGGCUCUACAAAAUAUCAUAAGGAAUUCCCCUAGUUGGCAUCCUUUGAUGGUAUCUAGAACAAUCCUCUAUUUACUGCAUCUCCUGCGCGCGAGUUAUGAACAAUCAUAUAUUCGUGUCCCUGUGGUCCUUCACGCCAUUUCAAGUUUCAAAAAGGAUUUGUUCGAGAAAUCCGCUACACUUGUCCUUCAAGGCUUAACACAAUGCAUAAAAGAGCCCGGUCCUUUACGAAAUGAAAUCAUGACGUCUCCUGAUUUCUGGGUAAUACUCAAAAAUCUUGCAACUAGUCCUUCGUCCGCAUCUGCUGUGUUCGAAAUCCUCGAGGGUGUCGCUAUUGGCUCACCUCCAACAAUAAUGGCUGAUAACUAUGAGUCAGCUGUGAAGUUACUCAAUGAAUUUGCUACUGCUGGGAGUGUAGGCUCUACAGUGGAACAAAAGCUGGAUAAACGGGGAAGAAGGGGACAACAAGUCAAACAGCCAAAACCACAGGUGUUAGAUGCAGUUGUGGCUAGAGGGGUUCAGGCAGUUACGAUGAUAUAUUCUUUAACAUCACGAAUUCCAGUCCUGAUGGAACAAUCACAUCUCGAGAGCAAAGAAGCUUGGGCAGCUUACUGGUCACCAAUAUUCAUGGCUUUAACAACACAGUGUACCAACCCUUGCCGAGAAAUUCGUCAUCAAGCAUUCUCCUCCCUACAGCGCUCCUUAUUAUCACCGGAAUUGACUUCAGGUGAUCACGAAGAAUGGACCGCCAUAUUCGGCGAGGUUCUCUUCCCUCUCAUAACUCGAUUACUAAAGCCAGAAGUCUACUCAUCAGAUCCUAUUGGCAUGAGUGAAACUCGUGUACAAGCCGCCACACUUCUUUGCAGGAUAUUCCUUCAUUAUCUUGUUCUUCUGUCUAAAUGGGACGGCAUGUUAGAUCUUUGGCUUAAGAUCCUGGAUAUCAUGGAUCGUUUGAUGAAUAGUGGACAGGGUGAUAGUUUGGAAGAAGCAGUGCCAGAAAGCUUAAAGAAUGUUCUGCUCGUAAUGUCUAGUAGCGGAUCUUUGGUACCUCGUAGUCAAGAUGAGACGCAGGAAAAGCUUUGGACGGAAACAUGGAAGAGAAUUGAUAGAUUCUUACCGGAUUUGAGGAAAGAGCUUGAUCUGGAGGGCCCGGGGGUCGAGGAAAAUGUGAAAGGGAAGGAAAGUGACGAGGUGUCGACUGCUGCUGCUAAGACUGAAGCUGGAACUGAACAGGAGCAGACUGAGAUUAAGGCUUGA